CCUCGGCCCUCUUCCUGCUCUUGAAAAUGGUCAAGAUGCUGGCGGGCUGCUCGCUGCUGCUGCUGCUGCUCGGACAGACCAUGCCUCCCGCUAUGGCCAGACAGCGGCCUCACGCCAGGCCCCCGGCCCGGGGCAGAGCCACGCGGACCCACGCACAGACGGCCCUCCUGGAGAGCUCUUGUGAGGAUAAGCGGGUGGACCUGGUCUUCAUCAUCGACAGCUCCCGCAGUGUCAACACCCAUGACUAUGCGAAGGUCAAGGAGUUCAUCGUGGACAUCUUGCAGUUCCUGGACAUUGGUCCUGACGUCACCCGGGUGGGGCUGCUCCAAUAUGGCAGCACAGUCAAGAACGAGUUCUCCCUCAAGACCUUCAAGAGGAAGUCUGAGGUGGAGCGGGCUGUGAAGAGGAUGCGGCAUCUGUCCACGGGCACCAUGACAGGGCUGGCCAUCCAGUAUGCCCUGAACAUCGCCUUCUCAGAGGCAGAGGGCGCCCGGCCCCUCAGGGAGAAUGUGCCACGGGUCAUAAUGAUUGUGACGGACGGGAGGCCGCAGGACUCGGUGGCCGAAGUAGCCGCAAAGGCACGGGACACGGGCAUCCUGAUCUUCGCCAUUGGUGUGGGCCAGGUGGACUUCAACACACUCAAAGCCAUUGGGAGUGAACCCCACGAGGACCAUGUCUUCUUGGUGGCCAACUUCAGCCAGAUAGAGUCGCUGACCUCAGUGUUCCAGAACAAGCUGUGUGCUGUCCACAUGUGCAGCGUCCUGGAGCACAAGUGCGCCCACUUCUGCAUCAACACGCCCGGCUCGUACGUGUGUAGGUGCAAACAAGGCUACAUUCUCAACGCGGACCAGGAGACCUGCAGGAUCCAGGACCUGUGUGCCCUGGAGGACCACGCGUGUGAGCAGCUCUGUGUGAACGUGCCCGGCUCCUUCGUCUGCCAGUGCUACAGUGGCUACUCGCUGGCCGAGGAUGGGAAGCGGUGUGUGGCUGUAGACUACUGCGGCUCAGAAGACCACGGGUGUGAACACACGUGUAUAAAUGCAGAUGGCUCCUACUCGUGCAAAUGCCACGAAGGAUUUACUCUAAAUCCGGAUAAAAAAACGUGCACAAAGAUAGACUUCUGUGCUUCGCGUAAUCACGGGUGUCAGCACGAAUGUGUCAACACUGACGAGUCCUACUCUUGCCGCUGCCUGAAAGGCUUUAUGCUGAAUCCAGACAAGAAGACCUGCAGAAGAAUCAACUACUGUGCGCUGAACAAACCGGGCUGUGAGCAUGAAUGUGUCAACACGGAGGAGGGCUACUACUGCCGCUGCCGCCGGGGCUACUCCCUGGACCCCAACGGCAGGACCUGCAGCCGGGUGGACCACUGCGCGCAGGACCACGGCUGUGAGCAGUUGUGCCUGAACACAGAGGAGUCCUUCGUCUGCCAGUGCUCGGAAGGCUUCCUCAUCAACGAGGACCUCAAGACCUGCUCUAGGGCGGAUUACUGCCUUCUGAGUGACCCUGGGUGUGAAUACGCCUGCGUCAACACGGACAGAUCCUUCGCCUGCCAGUGCCCUGAGGGCCACGUGCUCCGCAGCGAUGGGAAGACCUGUGCAAAACUGGACCCUUGUGCUGCGGGGGACCAUGGCUGUGAACAUUCGUGCAUAAGCAACGAAGACUCAUUUGUGUGCCGGUGCUUUGAAGGGUUCGUACUCCGAGACGAUGGCAAGACCUGCAGGAGGAAAGACUUCUGCCAGGAUGUGGCCCACGGCUGUGAGCAGGUGUGUGUGAGCGGCGACACGUCGUAUACCUGCAAGUGCUUGGAGGGGUUCUGGCUGGCAGAGGACGGGAAGCGCUGCAGAAGGAAGGAUGCCUGCGCUUCGCGCUCACACGGCUGCGAGCACAUCUGCGUGAGCAAGGGCAACUCCUAUGUCUGCAAGUGCUCCCAGGGCUUCGUCCUCGCCGAGGAUGGACGGCGCUGCAAGCGAUGCACGGAGGGCCCAAUUGACCUGGUCUUUGUGAUUGACGGAUCCAAGAGCCUUGGUGAAGACAAUUUUGAGAUCGUGAAGCAGUUCGUGACCAGAAUCAUAGACUCCUUGGCCAUUUCCCCCAAGGCCGCCCGCGUGGGGCUGCUCCAGUACUCCACGCAGGUGCGCCCCGAGUUCACUCUGCGGAGCUUCCACUCGGCCAAGGACAUGCGGAAAGCGGUGGCCCAAAUGAAGUACAUGGGCAAGGGCUCCAUGACCGGGCUGGCCCUGAAGCACAUGUUUGAGAGAAGUUUCACCGCGGCGGAGGGCGCCCGGCCCCUGUCAGCACGCGUGCCCAGAGUGGCCAUCGUGUUCACCGACGGACGGGCCCAGGACGACGUCUCCGAGUGGGCCAGCAAGGCCAAAGCCCAUGGUAUCGCGAUGUACGCCGUGGGCAUAGGCAAAGCCAUCGAGGAGGAGCUGCAGGAGAUCGCCUCGGAGCCCACCGCCAAGCACCUGUUCUAUGCGGAGGACUUCAGCAGCAUGGGCGAGAUCAGCGCGAAGCUGAAGCAAGGCAUCUGUGAAGCUCUAGAGGACUCCGACCGGAGACAGGACUCCCCAGCAGAGGGGCUGCCAAAGAGGGGCCGCCAGCCAACAGAAUCUGAGCCAGUCACCAUAAAUAUACAAGACCUACUUUCCUGUUCUAAUUUUGCAGUGCAACAUAGGUACCUGUUUGAAGAAGACAAUCUUUCACAGUCUACACAAAAGCUUUUCCAUUCCACAAAAUCUUCAGGGAGCCCUCUGGAAGAAAAACACGAUCAGUGCAAAUGUGAAAACCUUAUAAUGUUCCAGAACCUUGCGAAUGAAGAAGUCAGAAAAUUAACACAGCGCUUAGAAGAAAUGACACAGAGAAUGGAAGCUUUGGAAAAUCGCCUGAGAGCCAGAUGAGGACUGGAAAUGCUCUCCACAUCUGUACACCAUGGUGUUGAGGAUCACACGAGGCACGGAGCCCCACAGCUCAGGCUGUGAUGAAGUCUGUAAUGAGCAGUAAACACACCAGUUCUGAGCAAGCUGGUUUGCUAUACAAAGGCAAAAAGUGCACACUAACCUGUAAAAAUUUACUUAGGAGAACAAAUCCAUCAGAGUUCUAAGAUGAGUUUACUGUGAGAAUAAGCUACACAAGAUAGUCUUUUAUGUCCUCUGGAUAGGAUCUGCUUCUGCCUCAGGCAGCCUUAGUGUUGCAGUCUCAUCUGAUUACAAGUUCGCAGUCCUCCUUCUGCAAGCACUGGCCGGCCACAGAAAAUGCUGGCUUGGUACUGGACUUAUUCUUGAUAUAUGUAUAUGGAUGCGUAAAAAGCACAGGACAUAUGUACUCGUGUAACAAGUUGAAUUUUUUAUACAGUAUUAAAAUUCACUACAGAGAAUGCAUUCUGUGUAAAAUUCUUAAAUACAAGACAUGUGCACAUGAAAACGGCCAA